GCCGAAAGAGGAGAAGAGUUCUAGCGUGUCUCUGUAUUGUGUGGCCAAUCAUGGAGAACAAAGCAAGCGUGGUGAACCGUCUUCUUGCUGUGAAACAGAAGUCCGGUAAGAGUUAUACUGAGAUUGCAGAAGAGACGGGACUGACCAAUGUGUACGUAGGUCAGCUAUUGCGGAGGCAGGCCCAACUCAAGCCCUCCACUGUCCCUAAACUUAGGGCUUCACUUCCGGAUCUCACCGACGACCUCAUCCAGGAGAUGAUGUCUCAUCCUAUGAGGUCUUACGAUCCUGAAAUUAUCAGAGAACCUUCUAUUUACAGAUUUAAUGAAGCCGUUAUGCAUUUUGGUGAGAGCAUUAAGGACAUCAUCAAUGAGGAGUUUGGUGAUGGCAUUAUGUCAGCUAUAGACUUCUACUGCUCGGUUGACAAAAUUAAAGGUGUUGAUGGGAAGGAUCGUGUUGUUGUGACAUUUGAUGGGAAGUACCUGCCACAUUCUGAGAUGGUGUCGGAGAGUAUGGUGUCAAGGAUAAAGCUGCAAUAAACUUAUUGAAACCCCUCUUUUCGCCGCCUACAAAGGCAUGCACUUCUUCAUUGUUGCUGUGUUUGUCUGUUUAACCUCAGUCUUUUGAUUAAUAAAGUUCAUUUGGAGGGAACUCAUACCUUUACACAGUAAUUCUCUGUUUAG